CACGGGUCUGGAGUCCUGGGCGGCCGCUGGGAGGGCGCUCCGGGUGUGCUGGCGCCAGGGGCUUCCUGCUCGGCUCUGCAGUGCGCGGUGGCUCGCCGGGCCCUGGGUGGGCGGGGCCGCACCCCCGCAGUCGCCUGUAAAGGAGGGACCAGACUGUGCGGGUUAACUUGAGAAGUGGCGGCUCUAGGUUCUGGUGCGAGACUCCUCAUUUGUGUUGUAAAUUUGGACGGAGGUAGAGAUGGACGCUGCUCUACUUAACACUGAGUUCUCAGUCUGGAAAGGCUGUCGUCCCUCAGAAAAACGGUGGGAAGGUUACUACCGCUCCAGAAAAUAAAGUCGGGGGGAAAACGUCUCUGGCUCCCGUGGUUGCUGAGAAACUAACAUCACCACACAGGAAGACAGCCACAUGGGCCAAAUUGCCAAAAGACAGGAGGAGUGCCAAGAAGAGAAGUGGGAACGAUGAGGAGGAAGAAGAUAAGAACACGGAGUUGGGCCAAGAUGAGAAAGAGCCUAUCAAAAAAACACCUGAUAAAUGGAAGAAGGAGAUGGCUAAACAGAAGGCUUUCCCUGGAAUCAAAAAACAGAGAUUGGAAGGAAAUUUGGUUAUGUGAAUUUUAAAUCUGCUAAUGAUCAGGGAAAAGCCUUGAAACUUAGUGAGACAAAGGUCCUUGGGAAUGAAAUUAAAUUGAGAAAACCAAAAGGAAAGGAAGUAAAGAAAGGAUCGCCUAUGCUGACUUCAGAUCACAGGCUGAUGCAGAGAGGGCCUUGGAAGACAAGCAAGGAACAAAGAUUGGAGGGCUUGCCAUAGCUCUGGACCCUGUUGGAGAGAAAAGUCAAGGCCAAGAAGAGAGAGGCUGGAAGAACAGCACGCGGAGAAUGGGAAAACGGAAGCUAGAACAAGAAAGCCACACAUUUCAAGAAAAAUGGGAGCGAGCCUAUUUCUUUGUGGAGGUAAAGAAUGUCCCUACGUGUUUAAUAUGCAAACAAAGCGUGUCUGUGUCGAAGGAGUAUCACCUCAGACACCAUUAUGAAACAAACCACAGCAGGAACCAUGAGGGAUAUACAGAAAAGAUGCGUGAUAAAAAACUAAAUGAGCUGAAAAAAAGACUGAAAUUUCAACACGAUGUCCUUUUGAAUGUGAAUAAAAUAAGUGAUGCUGCUAUGAAAUGCAGUUAUGUAUUAAGUGAGAAAAUUGCCCGGGCAUCCAAACCUUUUACAGAUGGCGAGUUUAUAAAGGAAUGUCUAUUGAGUGCCGCGGAGAUUAUGUGCCCUGAACAGAGACACGCAUUUGCGAACAUAAGACUAAGCGCUAAUAUUGUUCCGCGGCACGUUGGCGAUGUGGCUGGGAACUUACAGGACAAGUUGCGAGGAAAAGGUAAAUCAUUUGUGGCUUUCUCCAUUGCAGCUCAUGAAGGGGCUGAUGUAGAUAAUGCCCCCCAACUGGCUGUAUUUAUUCGUGGUGUUGACGAAACUUUUGAUGUGACCGAAGAGCUUUUGGACAUGGUACCCAUGACAGGCACCUCAUCAGGAAACGAAUUAUUUGUACGUGUUGAGGAAAGUCUUAAAAAAUUUAAUGUAGACUGGUCGAAAUUAGUCAGUGUUAGCACCGAUGGCAAUUCUGCACUGGUUGGUGUUGAACAACUUGUUACAGAACUUAAAUCUAAGGUGUCAGGGCUUUGCAAAGACACAGAGCUUAAGUCUGUGCACGGCCUCAUUCUCCAGGAGUCACUUUGCACUAAAAAGUUAAAAAUGGAUCAUGUCAUGGACAUAGUAAUUCACACCAUAACCUGGAUACGUUCCCAUGGCUCAGACCACAGAGAGUUCAGUGCUUUGUUCAGUGAGUUAGAUGCACAGUAUGGAAGCUUGUUCUCCGUGGGACUUAAGUGGCUGAGUCGUGGCAUGGUGUUAAGGCGGUUUUUCGAACUGUUGGAAGAAAUUGAUUUUUUCAUGUCUUCUAAAGGAAAACCUGUUCCCCAGCUUACUAGCAAAGAUUGGGUCAAAGACUUAGCCUUUCUGGUUGACAUUAUGACUUACCUAAACAUGUUGGAUAUCUCCCUGCAAAGGCGUUCACAAGUGGUUACGCAGAUGUAUGACUCAAUUCACUCGUUUUUAAUGAAACUGUGUCUUUGGGAGACUCAUUUGGCAAGGAACAAUCUGGCCCACUUCCCCACGCUGAAAUUAGUUUCCGAAAAUGAAAGAGAUGGCCUGAACUAUAUUCCCAGAAUUAAAGAGUUGAAGACUGAGUUCCAAAAACGGUUCUCUGAUUUCAAACUUUAUGAAAAUGAGCUGACAUUGUUCAGUUCACCUUUCUCAGUUAAUAUUAACAACGUGAGCGAGGAGCUACAGAUGGAGGUUAUUGAACUACAGUGCAACACGAUACUGAAAACGAAAUACGACUGUGUCGGAAUCCCAGAAUUCUACAAACACCUUGGGAAUGGUUACCCUAAAUAUAAAAACCAUUGUGCAAAGAUUCUGUCCAUGUUUGGAAGUACCUACGUUUGUGAGCAGCUAUUUUCAGUUAUGAAACAACAGAAAACUACUAAGUAUUGCCCCCAGUUAAAAGAUUCAGGGGUGACUUCCCUGCGGCGCGUUGCUGCACCAGAUACACACCCUGGCGUCGAAUGACACCUCGGGGCUUAAGAAAGGAGUGUCACGUUUUGGAUUUCAAAUCUAAGGAGUAAUACAUUAUGAGACUUUGAUUAUUUCUAUUUCCAAAUUGUAUUUGUUCACUGUCGAAUUUAAACCACAAUCUCUGGCAUCCUACGUUUGUAUCUUAUCACGUAUAAAAUAACGUUUGAUUAUACCUUGGCGGUUUAUUUUUCCCCUGCCAUACCUUUCUGGCCCUGAAGAGUGAUUCACGUUGGCAAACCUCUGCCCUAGAAGCAAUCGCAUUUUUCCCAAAGGCACUUGUGAACCGGGGAUGUGAACCAGGGAGUCCGCUGGAUGAAUGGGGUGUUUAGAUGCCUAGAGCAGCUCUGUCCCCAAGGAUGACAGACUCAGCCCCCUCCCUGGAGAGAGCUGGGACCGCAUAGCCAAUACUGGCCCCUCAGCUUCUCUUUUGGUGCUUCCAUUUUGCAUUUACACAUUUCUUUGAAAUUUCAAUGUUGUUGGUCAGCAUUAGAACAAGUUGUGGCUGAGCCAUUCUGCCUCUCACAGGCACGGAUAGGCAUUUCCUCCCCAUCAGGGCCGCCCCCAAGGGGAUGCAGAAUGAGGUGUCCGUGUGCGGAAGAGCUUAUGAGCAUCAUUCUGGGGAGAAGGCCCAUAGGUACCAGCAGCCCCUUACAAAGGUCUGUGACCCAAAAUGUGUUUUUCCACUGUGAAAUUGGGACAUGACUGCUCACUGUUACAGACACUGUAUUUUAAAUAGUCCAAUUAUGGGGCGCCCGGGCAGCUCAGUUGGUUAAGCGUCCAACAUCGGCUCAGGUCACGAUCUCACGGUCCGUGGGUUCGAGGCCCAUGUCGGGCUCUGUGCUGACAGCUCAGAGCCUGGAGCCUGUUUAGGAUUCUAUGUCUCCCUCUCCCUCUGCCCUUCCCCUGCUUGUGCUCGCUCGCUCUCUCUCUCUCUCUCAAAAAAAAAAAAAAAAAAAAUUUAAAUAGUCCAAUUAUGAAAGUGAAAUGUACUUAUUGUAGAACAUUUGGAAACUAUAAAGAAAUAGAGGGAAAAGUCUAUAAUGUCAACAACCAAAGGUAACCCCUAUAAAUAUUUAAAUAUGUUUGUUUCCUUUCACUUCCUAUGAAUUAUUUUAUAUGGUUGAGUGCAUUAUGUCUGAAUCAUUUUGUGUUCUGUUCUCCUUCCCCCCUCCCCUCUUAACAGUGAAAUCCUAAGCAUCUAUCAGUCUUCCAAGCUCAAAGUUGAGUUUAUCUGAUUGCGUCAGGUGUGUACUGACGGGCCUUUGGCAGCCAGGGUGAGUUCUCUUGGCGUCGCAUAAGCCAUAGGAUUGAUUUUUCUGUUCUGCCAGGCUCUGAGAAGGCCAGAGAAACACCCUGUUUUCUGGGGAAGGAAUGGGAGAUUACAUCUGAUGACACUCAGGACAGCCUUUGGGCAGAGGUUCUGGGACCAUUAAGGAGCAUGAAGAAGCUCAGCUUUCUAGAUCUGACCUUAAUCUCUGCACCAUUUGCCACCACUCUCCUCCCUUCCCUCUCCUUGAAAUCUCACUCUCAUUUUCCUCCUUCCUCUCGGAAUGCUUCUUCUCAGGCCCUCUCCUUCCUCUGUCCUUUAAAUGAUGAUUUUCCUCCAGUGACUUUUCUUCCCUACAAUUUACCGGUGGCUUUUAGCAUGGGGGCGGGGGUGGGCAGGGGACAGGGGAGGUCAGUCAGGGCUCUCUUAAAGCAACACUUAAAAGAUACCAACCUAAGACGCCUAGGUGGCUCAGUCUGUUAAGUGUCCGACUCUUGGUUUUGGUUCAGGUCAUGAUCUCAUGGUUCCUGAGAUGGAGCCCUGGGUCAGCUCCACCCACUCGCAGAUUGCAUGGAGUCUGUUUGGGAUUCUCUCUCUCUCUCUCUCUCUCUCUCUCUCUCUCCCCCUCCCCCACAAAAAAUAAAUAAACUUCAAGAGAUACAAACCCUUUUCCAAGAACUAUGCACACAUGUACCUACAUGUGUGUUUUUAUCACACUUUCAGGAAGUCUCCAGACCCUAGAAGCCCAGCUUGGGACCAUCUAGUCCCAUGGCUUCAGUUAUAUCUAGUCCUAUGGCUUCAGUUAUGUGCAAGCUUUCAGCAUAGAAUCUCCAGCCCUGCACUUCUUUCUAAAUGCCAGCCUGGAAGCCGCUGGACCUCUCCACUGGGAUGUCCCACAGGCCCUUUCAAUGCAUGGUGUUGAUGAUUUAAUUCAUCAUAUCUCCCCCCAAACCCUUAAGCCAAUUCUUUUCUAGUUUUCUUUAUUUUAGUGAAUGGUGCCAUCAUCCACCAGUUCUGGCUCAAGGCAGAAACCUGGCAGUCAUCUUGGACUCCUCCUUAACUUACUUCCCAUUUCUAUUUAGUUGCCAAAUCUUGAUUAUACUACUUAACCAAGGUUUCCAAUCUUCCCACUUCUCUACAAUCCCAUUAGUAGUGAACACUACCCUAGUUAGGACCAUUGUCAUCUCUUGCUUGAACUCCUGCAAAAGCCCCUACCUGGUCUCCCUGCUUCUGGUUUCCCCAUCUACAAUUCUCGGCUUCCAAAAUAUUCUUCAUAGAGUUACCAAAAAAUAAGUCAAAACAAAAUCAUAUUAAGUCACAUUACUCCCCUGCUUAACAUUCUCUGAUGCUUCCCUACAUCAUUUAUAAUAAAAGUCAAACUCCUCUAACUCAACAAAAAAAACAACCCAAUUAAGUGGUCAAAGGACUUGUACAGACAUCUCUUCAAAGAAGAUGUACAAAUGGCCAGUAAGCACAUGAAAAGAUGCUUAGCAUCACUGAUCAAUAGGGAUAUGCAGAUUGCAACUACAAUGAGAUACCACCUCACGUUCAUUAGGUGGCUACUAUAACACAAACAACAGCAAACAGAAAACAAGUGUUGGAGAGGCUGUAGGGUAAUUGGAAUCCUUGUACUCUGUUGGUGAGAAUGGGAAAUAGUGCAACCACUGUGGAAAACAAUAUGGUGAUUCCUCAAAAUUUAAAAAUAGAAUUGGCAUCUGAUCCAGCGAUUCCACUGUUGGGUGUAUACCCAGAAGACCUGAAAGCAGGGUCUUGAAGGGAUAUUUGUAUACCCAUGUUCACAACAGCUAGAACAUGGACGCAACCCAAGGGUCUCCCAACGGAUGAAUGCAUACGCAACAUGUGGUAUAUACAUAAAAUUGGAAUAUCAUUUGGCCUUAAAAAAGAAGGAAGUUCUGACACAUGUUCCAACAUGGGUGAACCUUAAGAACAUCAUGCUGAGUAAAAUAAGCCAAUCACGAAACAAACAAAUAUAGGAUGAUUCCACUUAGGAGCUUAGAGUCGUCAGUCAGGAUCCUAGUGCGGGGGGAAUGGAGGGGAGGGGCUUCGUGUUUAGUGGGUAUAGAGUUUUAGCUUUGCAAGAUGAAAAGAGUUCUGGAGAUGGAUGGUGGUAGUAAUUGCACAAUAUUACAAAUACAUUUAAUACCAUUGAACUGUACACUUAAAGAUAAUUAAGAUGACAUGUUAUUUGUACUUUACCCGGUAAAAAAAAAAAGGAGGGGGCGCCUGAGUGGGUCAGUCAGUUGAGCAUCCGACUUUGGCUCAGGUCAUGAUCUUGAGGUUUGUCAGUUUGAGCCUCGCGUGAGGCUCUGUGCUGACAGCUCAGAGCCUGGAACCUGCUUUGG